GCACGCAGCGCGCCUGCGCGGGUCCCGGCAUUUGCGAUCAGUCGCGCGGAAGCGGCGUGAAGAGCGGGCGUUUUGAGGAGACCCUGUGGCGAUGGCGUCUGGCAGUAGUUCCGAUGCGGCGGAUCCGGUAGAGCCGGCAGAGCCGGCGGCAGCGCCCGCAGCAGCAGAGACGGAGGAGAACCAGGUGAAGAGGCGGCGGCUUCAGUGCCUGGGCUUUGCGUUGGUGGGGAGAUGCGACACCACGAUGGCCCCCACCUUCCUGUCGGAGAACGACUGGCAGACGCAAAAAGCGUUGAGUGACUACUUCGAACAGCCAGAGAACGACCUAGGGUGGCCGCGCCAGCCUCCGACGUCCUUCAAGUCCGAGGCCUGUGUUGAUCUAACCAACGAGGAUGCAAAUGAUACCGCCAUUUUAGAAACCAGUCCAUCGGGACCUCCUCUAGAAGAUAGCAGCACUAUCUCUUUCAUUACCUGGAAUAUUGAUGGAUUAGAUGAAUGCAACCUUCCAGAGAGGGCUCGAGGGGUGUGUUCCUGCCUAGCUUUGUACAGUCCAGAUGUGGUAUUUCUACAGGAAGUUAUUCCCCCAUACUGUGCCUACCUAAAGAAGAGAGUAAGCGGUUACAAAAUUAUUACAGGUAAUGAAGAAGGAUAUUUCACAGCUAUACUAUUGAAGAAAGGAAGAGCAAAAUUUAAAAGUCAAGAAAUUAUUCCUUAUCCAAAUACCAAAAUGAUGAGAAACCUUCUGUGUGUAAAUGUGAGUUUGGGUGGAAAUGAAUUUUGCCUUAUGACAUCCCAUUUGGAGAGCACCAGAGAACAUUCUGAGGAACGAAUAAGUCAAUUAAAAACUGUUUUUCGAAAAAUGCAAGAGGCUCCAGAUUCAACUACUGUUAUAUUUGCAGGAGAUACAAAUUUAAGAGAUCAAGAAGUUAUCAAAUGUGGUGGUUUACCUGACAAUGUUUUUGAUGCCUGGGAAUUUUUGGGCAAACCUAAACAUUGCCGGUAUACAUGGGAUACAAAAGCAAAUAAUAAUCUCAGAAUUCCUGCUGCUUACAAGCAUCGUUUUGAUCGAAUAUUUUUCAGAGCAGAAGAGGGGCACCUUAUUCCCCAAAGUUUAGACCUUGUUGGGUUGGAAAAACUGGACUGUGGUAGAUUUCCCAGUGAUCACUGGGGGCUCCUUUGCACCUUGGAUGUAGUAUUGUGAAAAGCUUCCCCAAUUCCAGCUUUAACUGUUUGUUUGCACUAGUUCUGAAUUUGUGCACAUCUCAACCUUUCAGGAAAGCUAGGUCUAAUACAAAAGAAUUAAUAAACCGGAUGAUUAGUACAGCAAAAACAGUUAACGUUUUACUUUAUAUCACGUGUCCUCAGAGUUAAGAACUGGUGUUUGUAAUAAAUCAAAGCAUGCUUAUGUUCAGAAUGUGUGGACUUUUGUUUAAAGGACAUAGCUUCUCAGCUUGUAACAGACUUGUUGCCAUCAAGACUUAAAGUAAUGGACGUUAUCUCAGGGCUAACUAUUGUUUGAAUUAGGCACCAAUAUGAUUUAAAUCAUUUUAUUAAGAGAAAAAGUAAGCCGUUGAAUUCUUGAGACUGCAUUGUCUUACAUUCUGUAAUUUCAGAAACUUAAGUGAAAAAGCCAUGGCCAUCUGUAGUAGAGGACAGCUGUUGUAUAUCAGACUUAAUUUUGUCAGCUGAUAAUAUGUAGUGACUAAGUGGUAAGUCAUGUUUCCACUUUGAGUUCUAGUAACUGUUCUGAUUAGUGUUAAUAAUUUGCUGAUAACUGACAAAGUUUAGCUUGGCAAUGAUUACACUCAGCUUAACAGGAGAAUUAUUUUUUUUUCUAAGAGGAAAAUUCAGAAGAAAAAUAACUUUCAGUUUUGUUACUGGUAAGAUGGAAAUACUUUGCAGAGUGAAUAAAGAAUACUUUUUUGUAAAUGUUUUGUAAAGAAAAAUGUCCAGUAAAUAAAGUGUGUCAUUUGUAGACUGAGCACGA